AUGGCUGAGACCCUCGGCAUCGCUCAGGGACAUUCCCCACCCCGGCAGCGGGUUGGACCCUGCUGGGCCGGGUCCCCCACGGGGUACCCGGGCCCCGCCCCCGCGGUGACGCGCGCGCGGCGCAGUCAAUCAGAGGCGCGCCUGGUGUUCAAACCGGCGGCGCGCGGGCGGCGGGACCGCCCCGGGACCGGCACGGGAGCACACCCGGGAGCACACCCGGGAGACCGCCCCGGGGACCGGCACGGGAGCACAACCGGGAGCACACCCGGGAGGGGCCGCGCCGGGGACCGGCACGGGAGCACACCCAGGCGGGGCCCGCGCCGAGGCGGAGAGCAGGCCCGAGAGCGUGAGCGGGGCCGGGACCGUUCCCGGGCCAUGCAGGCCGCCAGGACGCCCGCCGCGCAGAAGCGGCCCCGGCGCACCCCGCUACUGGAGCUGCAGCUCCAGCCGAGCGCCGACCGGACCGGGCUGACCCCGCUGUUCCACCGGCUGCGGCUCAAGGUCGGUGUGCGGCGGGAUGGUGACUGUGCCACCCCAGUGUCCCGUGCCCGGGGCUCCCGCGGCAGCGUCACCACAGUGCCUUGCACCCCAGGACCUCUGCGAAGCCCCCAGCAAUCCCACCGUAAUGCCUGGUGCCUUGGAGCCCCCAGCAGCACCAGCCCAGAGGCCCCUGGCAGUCCUAUUCCAGAGGCUGGCACCCCAAAGCACCCUGACAAUGCUGUGCCAGCACCUUUGUGCAGCCUGGUCUUGAGGCCCAGCAACACAGAGCCCCCCAGCAUCACCGUGCCAGCUUCCCUGUGCAGUUCCAUCCCAGUUCCCAGCACCCCAAAGUCCUCUGGAAACACUGUGCCAGCUCCCCUGAGCAGCUCCAGCCCUGUGGCCAGCACACCAGAGUCCCCUGGAAACACUGUGCCAGCUCCCUUGUGCAGCUCCAUCCCUGUGGCCAGCACACCAGAGUCCUCUGGAAACAAUCUGUCAGCCCCCCUGUGCAGCUCCAUCCCUGUGCCCUGCACCCCUAAGUCCCCUGGCAGUGCCAUGAAAGCUCCCCUGUGCAGCUCCUUCAUAGGACCCUGCACCCCAGGGCCUCCCGGCACCAGCUCCACCCCACAGAAAGCUUCUUUCCAUGGGUGGCAAGUGGCACCCCCAGACUUUUCCUGCAGCUCUGUGGCCUCUGAGUCCCUAUCUGGAGAUAGGAGUGUUGGUCCUCUGCCUUACCAAGGCACCCCUGAGGGAGCUGAGUCCCCUGCCCCCCCAGAGCAGAGCCCACCUGGGCUUGCUUCCAUUGGGGCAAGUAUGUUGGAGCCUGCUGGGUCAGAAGCAACCAUCGCCCCUGUCACCUCUCCUGAGUUGACCCCGGGUGCUGUGUCCUGGAUGUUACCGCUGAUGUGGCUGGAGAAGACCCUUAAUGUCCCAUCCCUGAUGGAAUCCCUGCAGCACAGCCUGCCCCUCCACGUGCCGCGGCAAGAUGCCAACUGCAGUGUCACCCCAGUGGCCACUGUGGUCACUGGCACCAGCAUGACCCCAGUGGCCACCGCGGUCACUGGCACCAGCAUGACCCCAGUGGCCAGUGUGGUGGCUGGCACCAGCAUGACUCCAGUGUCCAGUGUGGUGACCGGCACCAGCAUGACCCCAGUGUCCAGCGUGGUGGCUGGCACCAGCAUGACCCCAUUGUCCAGCGUGGUGACCGGCACCAGCAUGACUCCAGUGUCCAGUGUGGCAGCCAGCACCAGCAUGACUCCAGUGUCCAGCGUGGUGACCGGCACCAGCAUGACCCCAGUGUCCAGCGUGGUGACCGGCACCAGCAUGACCCCAGUGUCCAGCGUGGUGGCUGGCACCAGCAUGACCCCAGUGUCCAGUGUGGCGGCUGGCACCAGCAUGACCCCAGUGUCCAGUGUGGCGGCUGGCACCAGCAUGACCCCAGUGUCCAGCGUGGUGACUGGCACCAGCAUGACCCCAGUGUCCAGUGUGGCGGCUGGCACCAGCAUGACCCCAGUGUCCAGUGUGGCAGCCAGCACCAGCAUGACCCCAGUGUCCAGCGUGGUGACUGGCACCAGCAUGACUCCAGUGUCCAGUGUGGCAGCCAGCACCAGCAUGACCCCCGUGCCCAGCGGGGUUGCUGGCACUUUCGUGGCCAUCCAGGACCUGUGGGAAAGGGGCGUAAACACAUCUGGGGGAGGCCUGCCCUGUGCCAAGGACAGUGCUACUGAAACGGACUCCUUGCUCUGGCACUGUCCCCGGGAGCAGCUGAAGACCCUGCCACGGGCAGAGCUGGAGGGGCGGCUGGAGAGCACCCUCAUCAUCAUGGAAGCCCUGGCGCUCCAGCUGCGUGGCUGGCUGGAGAACCAGCGGCUGCUGCCUGGUGUGGGGCCAGCCGAGCAGAGAGACAUGAUCACACAGACGGACAUGACCUGCCCUGAAGGGGAGGAGGAGAUUUACCACCACCUUUACCUCGAGCAGCGGAAGAAAACAGUGGCCCUGCAGCGGCAGCAAGAAGCGGAGCGGGAUCUGCAGCAGGAGCUGGAGCUGGCUGCCAAGAACAUAAGUGCCUGGAGCAGCCAGUGUCUCCUGUUCCGGGGCGUUGCGGAUGCCGCCUUUCAGAGACUGAAGGAUGAGAAGGGAGCCCUUGCACAGGAGCGGGAGCAAGUGAGGGCCCUGGUGUUCCGGUGCCAGGCCAUGCUGGAGAGAGUGCCCAGCAAGCUGCGGAGCUGCCUGGAGGAGCGGGAUGCCAUGAGGCUGCGAGCAGAUGAAGCCCUACGAGCAAAGGAGGAGGGAUAUCAUUUCCUGGAGGCCUUCCGUGCCCACGCCAGUGCCCAGAUCAGUGCCCGUGACCAGAGCUUGGCCUCUCAGAGGGAACUGUGCACACUGCUGGCAGAGGCCAUCGACCUGCAGAAAUCCCUGUCUGCCGAGACUCAGACUUUCCGGGAAAUCAUUGAUGUCACCUUUGAAAAUGUACAGAAGGAAAGGAAAGCCAUGCAUGUGGAGCGGGAGCAGGUGAGGGCCCUGAUGUCCCGGUGCAAGGCUGUGCUGGAGCGUGUGCCCAGCAAGCUGCGGAGCUGCCUGGAGGAGCGGGAUGCCAAGAGGAAGCAAGCAGACGAAGCUCUUCAAGCCAAGGAGGAGGUGUCCUGCCAGCUGCAGGAGACCUCGGUGGCCCUGCAGGACAUGGAGGCUCAGCUGGAGCAGCUGACGGAGGCCAACUCACGCCUUGCAACAGACCUGAGCACCGUGAUGAGAAAUCUGGCCAGUGUGGAACAGGAGCGGGAUGCGCUGCAGCAGGACAACAAGAAGCAGCAGGAGCAGAUGGAUGAGCUGGCACGGGAGAACAGGACCCUGAAGGUGAGGUGUGAUGAGCUCUGCCAGGAGCUGCUGGAGGCCACCGAGUGCCGAGAGUUCCUCGAUCAGGAGAACAGCAUGUCCCGCAUGCAGCUGCUAGAGGUGGAGGCCAGGCUGAACUCCACACAGGCCACUCUACAGGAGUGCACCCUGCAGCACGAGAAGCUGAUGGAUUCCCACCAACACCUGCGGGAAGAGCAUGCUGCCCUCAGCAAGGAGCUAGAGAAUACCAAGGCUGAGCUCCUCAAUGUGCAGAUGAAGAGGAGCAAAGUUUCCUGGUGCUCCAAGGACAUUGCAGAGUGCCACACGCGGCUGCAGGAGCUCGCUGACUGCCUCAAGGCCGCUCUAGAAGAGCAGGAUAACGAUGAUGCCCCAUUGAGAAGCAAAGCCUGGACCCCAUCACAGCAGGCCACAGGCUGGCAGACACCCCACCGUGCCUGGACCCCUGCCUUCCGUGUGCCCGUGCACCGCACCCCACACUGCGCCGGCAGCUCCUUCGUGGGCAGCGUCCUGAAAGCGGUGUCAGGGAAAGAUGCCAGUGAAGCCACCAGAGGUGAGACUGCUUUCAGCAGGGACAAACUUACAUCCACACCGAAGCCAAAAGAUCCCGAGGAGAGUCUGCUGGAGAGUGUGAAAGAGCUGAGAGCUGUGGUCUCCAACCUCUCCAUGCUGAGCUUCCGCAUCCAAGAGCUGGAGCAGAGCGAGUUCAAGGCACUGCAGAUGGAAAUUUCUGACUUGCAGCUCCGUCUGGAGACGGUGACAGAGAAGAGCCAGGAGAAGAUGGAUGCCCAGGCUGCCACCAUUGCCAAGCUGAACAAGGCACUGAGGACCAAGAUCGAGAAUGAGAAGGAGCUGCAGGACGUGGUGAAACAGCAGGAAGAGAAGAUGUUGCAACUCAUCGACAAGAGUGGGGAAGUCACGAUGCUGAAGGAAGAGGUCUCCCAGCUGAAGCGCUCGCUCCAGCGUGCAGAGACAGAGGCCAAGGUGCUGUGGGAGGAGAUGCGGGGGAAGGAACCCAAGGUGGACACGGCCCAUGUCCAGGAUCGGGUCCUGCUGCGGCAGGAGGUGGAUAAACUGCGGCUGCUGCUCCUGGAAAAACGGGAUGAGAAGCGUCUGCUCUAUGACAAGUACCUGGAGCAGGAGGUGAGGCUCCAUCAUGCCCAGAAAGAGCUGAAGACCCAUGAGGAGAUGAAGGAGAAGAUGAAAGAGGUCCUGUCAGUCAUCCCUGAGGUGGCAGUGGGCUGCCAGGAGUUCCACAGCCUGCUGUGGUACCUGGGCCUGAAGCCAAGCCAGCAAGGAAGCUGCUGAGCCACCACUAAGCCCGUAGCCUAAAACCUUUCUGUUCUUCUGUCUUACUAAAACCUUACUGUUUUUACUGUUGUAAUUGUUUAUUGAAUAAAGUUUUUG